AUGAGUCUGGAGAAAAAAGGCAAGUCUAUUGGAAUUUAUUUAUUGGUUACUAAUCCCGAACAAAUGAAAGAAAAAAUAAGUUAUCAGUUAGAACAAUUUCCCGCAGAAAGAAAAAAUAAUUUUCAUUUUGUUCUCGGUCUUCCGCCGGUGGUAGGCGGGGAAGAAAAACUGGCAGGCUUAGUCGAUUAUCUUUACACCCAAAGCGAAGAAAUAACCAAUUUCAGUAAAAGUGAAUACUUACGGUUAGGAAUUAGCCUUACUGACUUACAAUUAAUUUGUCAACUGUUACAGCCGACCGGCAUUAUCACUUUACAAAACAGUUAUAAAAAUGAGAAAUUUUUAGCUCAUUUGCCCGAAAAAUUUUUGACUUUAACUAACGGUUAUUCCUGA